AUGCUGAGAUUCCUCUUGUUGAGCGUCUUCGCUGCCCUGGUGCUGGCACAGGACAAGCCUGAACCCAGGUAUCUGGAGACCAUCCAGGAGAGAGUUGUGGGUGGAGAAGUGGCCAAACCUAACUCUUGGCCCUGGCAGAUCUCCCUCCAGUACCUGUCUGGUAACAGCUACUACCACACUUGUGGAGGAACACUAAUCAGGAGGCAAUGGGUGAUGACUGCUGCUCACUGCGUGGACAGCCAGAGAACAUGGCGUGUUGUACUGGGAGAUCAUGACAUCUACAAGCAAGAAGGCAGGGAGCAGUAUAUGAGCGUCAGUGCUGUGUACAUUCACCCACAGUGGAACUCCAACAAUGUGGCUGGAGGGUACGAUAUUGCGCUACUACGUCUGUCCACUGCAGCCACACUGAACUCCUAUGUGCAGUUGGGUUCUCUGCCUCCCUCUGGUCAGGUGCUGCCCAACAACAACCCCUGCUACAUUACCGGGUGGGGCCGCACUCAGACUGGAGGUCAGCUGUCUCCCCAGCUGAAGAAGGCCUACCUGCCCUUAGUGGACUAUGCUACUUGCUCCAGCAGCAGCUGGUGGGGAAGCACCGUGAAGCCCACCAUGGUGUGCGCUGGGGGUGCCAGCCUGUCUGGAUGCCAGGGUGACUCAGGUGGCCCCCUGAACUGCCAGGUGGGAGGCCAGUAUGUGGUCCACGGAGUGACCAGCUUUGUGUCAUCCCUGGGCUGCAACACCCAAAGGAAGCCGACUGUCUUCACCCGCGUGUCUGCCUACAUCAGCUGGAUCAAGAAUGUAAGUGAACUUACUAUUAUAGUGGUUUAUAAGGCAUCAAAUGGUGAUGUAGGAAUCAUCCUAUUGCACUACUCCUUCAUGCUGUACUUGGCUACUUGGUGCUCCCUGAAAGAAGUAUGGAGAAGAGUUGUGGGUGGUAGAAAGACCAGAUCAGGAGAGGGUGGUUGA